UAAACGGUAUGGUACACAGUAAAACAUAUUUUUCUGUUGUUAUUCUAAAGAAAUCUGACCCAUGUUUAAACUCUUUGGGACAGAUGUGCAUUCAUGCUCUGAAGACAGCAAACUACAUGUUGAUGUACUAAUAACCAGCAAGCUGACUAGACCAUUUGAGUGAAAUGAUUUUUUCUUAAAUUAUUUUCCUUUUCAGGGCCUACAUAACUCAUCAGGAUUGGUAUUCCUUGGUUGUCAAGCAGCAUUGACAAGAUGGCCGCUGAUAGGCGUAUUGUCUACUGCCUGUUAUGUGAGAAGCCUCAUGAAAAUUUGUCAAGUCACCUUAAGAAGGCCUGUAUGAAGGACAACACAGAAGAAGAGCGUAACGCUGAGUUGACCAAGGCCAAAAUAUCCCAAAAAGAAUGGACGAGAGUGGGCAGACGUUGGGAGUACCAUGAGGUUGAUUCCUUAAUGAAUGAGGAAGAUCCCCUCCGUGCCCUCAUCGACCGGCUGAAAAGCAAGGGCUUCUUUAUAGUCAAAGACCCAUCGGAAAGCUCUCCAGCUGAGCAACGGCAGCUUCUGCAAGACGUCACUCCGUGGAUGCGCAGUAUGGUUGCCAAACUUAAGACUGGAGUGAACGUGGCAACAAACUACACGACACAGUUCCGAUACUUUUGUAUGGGCGUGUUGUCUGUGGUAUACAACAAAUCUUUGAAGAGUAUAGAGACUUUCAAAACUGCAGGUUGGGUUGAUAGACAGCAGACAUCAAGUGGUGUGACCAUCCAAUUCAGUGAUAAUUCAGUGGCCUGUACUCUCAGAAAGGAAGAAGAAGAGUGGUUUGAGUUGUACUUUACCAAGAUACGGCCACUGGCUUUACUUAGACAAGAUGAAUAUAUGGACGACGAAGGCUGCUUCUUUCUAGGACAGAAUGGUGGUCCCAUUGCAAACACAAAAACAGAUUUACAACGUCUUUGGAAGUUUUGUGAGCAGACGACUCAAAGCAGUGAGCCGAUUCCUGAGGAUACACAGGUGGCUGGUGAGAGCUCUUCUUCCUCAGCUUUGAAUACAACAGCUCUUGACCAGUUUGAAACAUUUGUUGAAAUGUUUCCCGUCACUCUCAACGACGAACCACCCACAAAAAAGAGGAGGAUGAGCGCUGGAUUUGAAGGCCGUGACGUUUAUGACAAGUGGAGAGGAGAGCAGUACAAGAUGCGCUUAAAUUAUAUCCUCGCUCACAUUGGCAGGCAUCAACCGACUUUGGACAAAGUCCGUCUCGUCAUCUCCAAAGAAAAGUGGCACGCAAACCUCCCGGACCUUAAGGAUAUUCUUCAGGCUUGGAUAUCUGAACAGAAGACGAGCAUUGAAAAGGAUGGCAAAAUCAUAAAGGCAGUUUCGGAGCAAAAAUGGAAAGGGCUUCAGAUCCAGGACUUUGGUGGAGAUAAGGGAAAAGGUGUCGUUGCCACCAUGCCAUUCACCAAAGGAGAUGUCCUUUGUGACUACCAUGGCCGAAUAAUCCCGGCAUCUGAAGGAAAGAAAUUGCUUUCAGAACAGCAGAGUGGAGAAAUGGGCUAUCUUUUUUUUUUCAAGACCAGAGGUGGUGCCAGUCUUUGUAUCGAUGCACAGACCUUCCCUUGUGAAUGUCACCCCCUUAAAGACACAUUUGGGAGGAGGAUGAAUCAUUCUAAAAAGAAAUUCAAUGUCAAGCCGGCUUCUCAUCCUCUAGCGCCAUUCAAUUAAAUACGCAAAUACGUGAUGACGUAUUGACUGCUGCUUGCUUUACUGAGGAGUUGGCAUCACUGACUGACAUUCCCUCCACUUUUGAGAAAAAUCGACAGACACUAGAUCUCAUGCGAGAAUACAGCGAACGA